GUGGAAGUUGCGAGUGAAGAGCAAUGGUGUUAGACACGGAAAGAAGUGUGUCUGGUUGCGGAGUGUCUUCCGUCAAAGCUUGGACAUCCCCACAGCUCCAAGAGCUCAUGCAGUCCCGUCAAGUCGCAGAGCAUAGUACCACUACCUCCGUCUACUGAACACAUUCUCCCGUCAUGUUUGCACUGCACUCUUCACUCUUGUCCUUGCAGCUUCCAUGUUCUCUGGCAUGUCAUGAUCUCUCCACAAAAAUCGAUCCGGACCAUGGGUAGCUAAUGUCAGGCAGGCCAUUGACAAUUAUCUCGCUCCUUUACCACCAACCGUGUGAGUGCGAGAACCAUGUUUCCAAGAUGGCCCUCCCAGCCGCCACCCCACCAUGUCAAUCCGAGGUCUUAUCCUUUUGUCACUGUCUAGGCGUCCAUCACUGUGAGCCAAGAUGCAGCGCCCAGACGGGCUGAUUGCCGCAAGGGUUGACAAGCAUGGGAUGCCUCCUCCAAAAGUUCAACAGCUACCAUAGCUCACGUUAUCUCCCUCAUCCAGAAGUGUCUUGUUCACACAUUCUCUUGGCCCUCCCGUCUGGGAAGGUCAUUAUCACUGGGCACUCACACCGAACAUAGAGGGGCGAGGCCAAGAUAAGCCAGUCGGGAGUCUUGCAGCAUACAGGAGUACAGCUUCAUGUAGGCGCUGUGAGGUUGAGGCAUGUGGCGUGCUUCCUCAAGGGGUUUGUGAUACCACGUAUAGAAAGGAAGAUAUUAACCUCUUUCCCCCCUCGUCUGUGACAUGCAGCCAUCCUUCACGUCUUGAGGACUGCCUAUCCAUACCACAUCUUUCAUCGGCGUGUAUACCGCACGUCAUGGCGACCACCAGAGAUGAGAAGGCAGUGAACAUCACCCCUGCUGGGAGUGAUCAAGCUUCUGCUUCUCCCGCCAAGUAUGACGAGAAGAUCGACGGCAUUCAUGAAGUUGGCCUUGACCGUAUGGACUCAGAGGAAGCACAAGUUCUUGAAGGACAUCUUGAUGUUACCGAGGAGGACCUCCUCCAAGCAAAGGCCGCGGCCGAGUCCCUCAGUCUCGAAGAGGUUGUCAAGUUGAUGAAGAAUGUAGUCAGCAUGCAUGGACGCGAUCCAAACUUUCCGCACGUGGUUCUUGAAAAGAUCCAGGAAUUCCUAGCCAACGAGCAGAACAUUCUCUCGAAUCCGGAAAAGUACGAUGAUAUCAUCACCGAGAUGAAAAUUGAAGCUGCUCUCAUCCAGAGCAACAGUCCCUACGCCGAAGUGCGCGCCGUGGUCGACAAUACCGAUGACCCUUCCACGCCGUGCUCAACCAUUCGUUCGUGGACCAUUGGCAUCUUGUUCUCUGUCAUUCUCGCCUUUGUCAACCAGCUCUUCAGUGUACGCCAGCCCAGCAUUUCGAUCGAAUCCAACGUUGCUCAGCUCCUUGCUUUUCCUCUCGGCAAAGCCUGGGAGAUGUGGAUGCCGUAUUACGAGUUCACUCUCUUUGGAACCAAGCAUAAUCUCAAUCCGGGGCGGUUCAGCAAGAAGGAACACAUGUUGAUCGCCAUCAUGGCAAACACAGCCAAGUCGCUGCCCUACACGCAGUACAUUGUGUGGACCCAGGUGCUGCCGCAAUACUUUAACCAACCAUAUGCGAACAGCUUUGCGUACCAGAUUCUAAUUGCGUUGAGCACCAACUUCAUCGGCUAUGGCCUUGCUGGUAUCACUCGCCGGUUCAUCGUGUAUCCAUCUUACUGCGUCUGGCCCGCAUCUUUGGUUACCAUCGCCCUCAACUCGGCUCUGCACCACGAGGAGAACCAUAUAGUUCCUGGCCCGUUCAAGAAGCUGUACAGAAUGUCGCGCUUCAAGUUCUUCAUGUGGGCUUUCGGCGCAAUGUUCGUGUACUUCUGGUUCCCCAACUAUCUCUUUGAAGCCUUGACAUUCUUUUCUUGGAUGCAGUGGAUUGCUCCCAACAAUUUGAAUCUGAGCAUUCUCACUGGAUUCCAAAACGGCACUGGCAUGUUCAACCCCUUCCCCACAUUUGACUGGAACGUUUUGCUUUUCGACUCCGUCGAUCCUCUCAUGGUGCCUGCUUUCACCACGUUCAAUAAAACCUUCGGCAUGGCGUUUUUCGGCUUCAUCAUCCUAGGAAUUUGGUACACUAAUGUUUGGAAUACCGGUCACCUCCCAAUCAACAGCAACCGUGUGUUUGACCACUACGGUAGUCUGUACAACGUCUCGCGAGCCAUUGACGAGAAGGGCAUGUUUGACGAGGCGAAGUACAUGGAUUACAGCGCCGCAUAUCUUUCAGCAGCCAACGCCAUUGUGUAUUUCGCUUUCUUUGCCAUCUAUGCGGCCACCAUCAGCCAUAUCAUCCUUUUCCAUCGGGCCGAGAUCGCCAUUGGCUUCAGGAAUAUCUGGAAAACUGUGAAGCCAAAGAGAUGGACAAAGAGAAAUGCUGCCGGAGAGAGUGUCGAGGAAGAGGAUGUUGGAUACAAGGACGUGCAUAACCGUUUGAUGGCUGUUUAUCCCGAAGUUUCGGAACUGUGGUACUUGGGCUGCCUCGUGAUUGCCAUGGCACUUGGCUUUGCUGGUGUUGCCGCCUGGCCCACAUAUACUACUGCUGGUGUCGUUCCCUACGGCCUGUUCCUUGCAAUAAUUUUCGUCAUCCCUAUUGGCAUCAUCAAGGCCAUGACGGGUAUCGAAGUCACCUUGAACGUAUUGGCCGAGUUUAUCGGUGGUGCUUGGGUUGAGGGCAACGCCUUGGCCAUGAACUUUUUCAAGUCCUUUGGAUAUGUGACCUGCGCGCAUGCCAUCAGCUUCGCCAACGACCUCAAGCUCGCUCACUACAUCAAGAUUCCUCCUCGCCACACUUUCACCGCCCAGAUGGUGGCCACGCUCAUUUCCACUUUCAUCUGCACCGGUGUGCUCAACUUCCAAGUCAACAUUGAGAACAUUUGCCAGACCAACGCGCCCAUGCGUUUCUUCUGCCCCGGCAUCAACACCUUCUUUACUGCCGCCGUCUUGUGGGGAACCAUUGGUCCCGUCAAGGUGUUUGGAAUUCAUGGCCAGUACAAGUGGCUCCUUCUGGGCUUCCCCAUCGGUCUCUGCAUUCCCGUCAUCUUUUGGCUCAUCAUCCGCAAGUUCCCGCGCAACAAGUUCAUUCGUCAGUUCCACCCCGUGGCCUUGUUCUAUGGCGCACUCAACUGGGCGCCAUACAGCAUGAGCUACUGCUGGCCAGCGGUGCCCAUUGCGUGGUUGAGCUGGAUCUAUGUGCGAAACCGAUACCUGGCGUUCUGGUCCAAGUACAACUUUGUGUUGAGCGCCGCGUUUAGCGCGGGUAUCGCGCUUAGCGGUAUCGUGAUGCUGUUCUCGGUGCAGUGGGCUAGAGUGAGUGUGGAGUGGUGGGGUAACACCCAGCCGUACAAGGGCUGUGAGGAUACCGCUUGCACGAUCAAGACGUUGUCCGAGGGAGAGAGGUUCUUUCCCUGGUGGGACGCGAACAAGGUGCCGGCCCCUUAAGCUGAUGAAAAAGCUGUAAUGUUGUGGAUUGGGGGUUCGUAGCUUUUGCUGGCGGCGGACAUGGGAGGAAGGGGUUCUAGGCCUGGUUGGUUGGUUGGUUGUGUCUGGAGUUCGGUACGCGGAAUGACUGCUGCUAUGUUUUUGUUGAUGAUAUCUAGCUGUGCUUUCGUUAUGAGAUCUCUAGAGGUUGGAAUACGGUAGCCUAUACCUAGUCAAUAACACUCGUUGUAUUGAUGACGGGGACCCCCGGUUCCAGUACUAUUGUACCGGUGUCUGUGUAUAUGCAAAAGGAAUUGACAAUAUCCAAGGAAGGGAAAACAAGGGAAAGAGAACAUAAGAAGAAGAAAGACAACGCCCGCUUAUGACUUCAACACCACCCAUACUUUUCAUUAGCAACCCACUCGACAUCCUCGGUCCGACCACCCUCGAUGCCCUCAGCCCCAUACCACAUCAAGCUGGGAAUACUAUCCAUAUCCCUCUCCACCAUCUCGUACCCGCCCUCAAUCCCGGCUUUCUCAAUCAACCGACCCACCAACGGACUCGGAUUCCACAUCUGCACAUCCUGCACCCUCCACUCCGCCGCCUCCCGUUGCGCCACAGCCAAGAUCGCCCUGAAGGCUUCCACCAGAUACCUUUCUGUUUCUGGGUCGUCCUCUGUCACUUUUCGCAAGGACUCCUCGUCCCCGAGAUCCUCUACCCCUUCCAUGACGAAACGGAGAAUAUGCAUAUGAUUCCCCUCGAUACUCUCGCUCUCCAAACCCCGGUAAUACGAACGGGUCCAGACUGCCCACACUCUCUGUUGCCCAUUUCUAUCAGGGCAGUCGUAAAUAGCCCCUCGAACGGAGGGGGUGCGCUGGAAGAUGUGUUGCGUCAUGAAAUCUUCGCGGAGUAAAUGCCAGAGGAGGCAGUCUAAAUCUGGCAACAAGGCGACGUGGGUUUUGGAAGGGUUGGCGCGGGCGAGGGUGGGGAGGGUUUGCGUGAGGAGGUGGGUGGUGUCGAGGGUGCAGAGGGGCGGGAGGGUGUGGUAGCUUAUGGGGGAGAGGUUGGGUGGGAAGGGAGGAGUAGCGGGGGAGAAGGGGGAUGAGGAAGAGGAAGAAGAGGAAGAGGAAGAGGAAGAAGAGGAUUUGAUGGGUUUGAAAGAGACGUGCGCCGAGGGAAAGGCCUUCCAUCCGUUUUUGGCAUAGAAGGAUUUGCCUAUGUCGGAGUAGAGGACUGAGAAGAGGGUUGUUGCCUCUGCUUCUUCUUUCCCCGGGGUGGUUUCGGUUUCGGCUUGGGGAAGGGGAGGAGAUUCAGGCCGAUCUUUCUUAUCCGUGACUUGCCAAGUGCGCAGCCGCUUGCCCAACUCCUGCAUCAUCCUGUUGGCGUAUCCCUUGCCGCGGUACUGAGGGUCGGUGAACACGGAGCCGAUGCCGUGCGAGAUGCCUUCGGUGAGAAUGACGCGGUCGGAAGAAGGGUCGUAGCGAGCGGCGACGGCGUGUUUGCGGAGGGUUUCGCAGGAGGAGAGGAUGGGUCGUUGGUUAUUGUUUUCUGCUGCCUGAGGGGAGUUGUUGCUGUCGGUCAGGAUCCAGUGCGUCAGACCGCCGUCUUUGGCGAGCGGGAGCGUCGUCAUGAAGUGUUCACGCGCGAGGUACUCGGAGUGAGAGAGGGCGGGUCCCCACAUGGGGUGGGUGAGAGACCAUGUUUUGGGACGCUCGUCUUCGUGGGCGAGGGUGAGAGUGAGAGAGGGUGAGGAGGCUGAGGGGAGGGAGGUGGCGGGUGUUGUUGAGCCCAUUGUCGAUUGUUGAAGUUGUGAAGGUGUUGGUUGGUCUGGGUACUGCUCCCUUUAGGAUAGGAUGUGCUUUCUAGUAUUGUUUAAGUCUGUCGAGCAGGUUACCGUCAAGGUCCGCCAUAUGAAAAUGAGGAACGGAACCGAAAUUGUCACGGGUCCCUGACUGGAUAUGUCAAAGAAUAUGCCGGGUGGUGAUGCUUGGCGGACGAGGACAAAGAGGAAUUGAACCUAAUCAAAUUAAC